AAAAACACUGGAUGGCGUAGCCGGAGUUAUAUGCACAAGAAAUGUUGAAUAUCUUUCACAAUAGAAGCGGAGCUUCCGCCCCUCUUCUCUGGGAAGACAGAAAGGAGAAUUCUACUUGUUAAAGGUUAUAAUCCGUAAACGCCUAAGCAAAAAGAAGUUGUGCGCAAAAAUACUGUGGUCAGUGAGUUUACAUUUUCGAUGUGGAAGUGCUAAUUUUACCCCAUUUUGAAAUGGGCCCGGGGUCUGUAGAAGGGUCAGAGAGGGGAAGGAUGACUUGUCUUAUAGUUUGGAUUGUGCUCUUUCUAAUGGAUGGGGUUUUAGGUGCCACACCCCUUCCCCUUCGCUGCACGCCACAAAAUCAUAGUACAAAUAACUAAACAUUUCCCAAGAAAUUUACUAAACAACCAACUUUACAGGUUUUUGAAAAAUUAUCGUUGGCCGAAAGCUGCAUUUACAUAUUUGCUUGAAACAUUGGAAAGCAAACUACAAGCUGGUGUAAGAAAAACCUCGAUACCACUAAUUUUAAAACUAGCAGCGACUUUAAGAUUCUGUGCUCAGGGAUCCUACCAACUGAGUGUAGGAAACGAUAGUAAUAUUGGACUUGGCCAAUCUACUGUUUCCCUGGUUUUGACAGAAAUGUUUCAUGCUUUGGAAGAGCACGUGUGUAAAAAUUGGAUAAAAAUGAAUUACACUGAUGAAGAGAAACGAAGGGCGAAAAUGUAUUUUUUUGAGAAAAGUGGAAUUCCAGGCGUAAUAGGUUGCAUUGAUGGGACACAUAUUAAAAUCGUUGCCCCAAAAAAGGAUCUUCAACACCUUUACUAUAACCGAAAAGGGUACUUUAGCUUAAACGCGAUGAUAGUCUGUGAUAACGCUCUGAGGAUUCGUUACAUCAAUGCAAGAUAUCCUGGGGCAACGCACGAUGCUACGGUUUUCAAUAUGUCUUCUUUAAAACCCCAAUUAGAAGAUGACUACC